UCUCGCCGUCGCCAUGGCUGAACGCGCCAUAGUCAAUGGAGGAGGCAGUGAGGCACCGACCUUGCUGAAGGCUAUGUCGAUGUCUGCGACUGUCCCAGAGGAGGCGCCCACCUCUGCACGUUUGAGUUUGGAUGACCCACGCAUGGUCGUGGCGAUGCAGAUCCUGGGUUGCAGCGUGGAGGACCUCACUUGCGGCGCUCCGCCCCCGCCGCAGCCGCGCGGUAUGGCUGAUCCUGGAAAAAGCCCCAGAAAGGUGGUUUCUGUGGUACCUGCUGCUCGUCGGCAAGAACUAUGGGAGAGAAAACAACAAAAUCUUUGGAGGGAAGUUGAGGCGGAAGCCAAAGGGAAACGGGUCGAGAAGCUUCUGAAACAGAAAUUCUGCGAGACCGUGGAAGAACCGUUGGAAGGCGAUGCCAAAUUGAACGCUUUGAAGAUGCGUUCGCAGGCAGAGAUUCAGCGUGCAAUCGACACGGAGAAGGAAAAACUUGAGAGAAUUCAAGCAUGUGCCGAGCGACACGACAAGAUGCAGAAACAAGUGGUGACGAGAAGAGCCGAAGCCCACGAGAAGUUGGUCAAAGCUAUGCAGACGAGGCAAGAUUUGCGCGAUGCCCAGGCGAUCGAACUCGAGGAGAACUUGAAGAGACGUCGCAAGGCCGGUCGCGAGCUCAUUGCAAAGCUCAAGAAAUCCUUUCGGAAGGUGGAAGAGUACAAAGCCGAGACCUUUGAGAAUUGGCAACGCGUCAAGGAGGAGCACGAGGAGAAGAUGCGCGACGUGACACUGCGCCGCGAGGAGCAGCUCCGCGUGGAGCAGGAGGAGUUAGUUCACGAGUACCUGGAGAAGGAGGCACGCACGCAAGAGCGCUUGGCUGAGAAGCGGGAAAAGGAGAAAGAACGCGCGUUGAAGGGCGAGGCGGACUAUUUGGAGAAGCUGGAGAACUCCCUGCGUCAAAUCGAGGCCAAGCAAGCCGAAAAGGAAGAGGAAUUUCUGGAAGCGCUGAGUCGUCAAGCGAAAGCGCGGCAGACGGUGGAGGUGCAACACGAGGAAAUCAAGGCGGAGGCCAAGAAGUAUUGGACUGAGAAAGUGGUCCCAGUACUCGAGAAAAAGAGAGAAGAGGAGGAGAAAUUCCAGGAGCGACUGAGACGAAAGGCCAAGAAAAGCAGGAAACCUCCAGGUCCUAUCUCUCCGCGCAAGUUGAAAUACCUCCAAGAGGAGUCCCAGCGACGGAUCGAGCUGCGCAGCAGCAUGGAUGAGCUCGUCCAGCAGAAUUUGCGACGCCUGGGACGUGGACAGGAGUUCAACACGGAUCGCCUGCUUACCAGGAUCGAAGAAAACAACGCGCGAAGUGAUGAGAUCCACGAAAAGAGGAUGAACCGCCAUCUACAGCGCGAAGCCAUCAUGAAAGAAGCGCUGAUUGAAAAGGCCCGGGUCAACGAUGAGCUACGGACCAUGAAGGUGCUUCCAAAUCCUCCUGCUGAAAGCGAGGAGAAGGAGAAGGAAUCCAAAUGAACUGCAGAAGAAUUUUAUCGGCAAGGCCAAGGCCACCAAGACGUCUCAGAGGUUUUUUUAAACGAGUGAAAC